UGCACUAUGAAAUGUAUGCAUUAUAGCUCUGUUUGUUAAUGCACGUGUAGACAUGGACAGCACAUCUAAGAAACUUCAGCUAAAGUCAGAAGUGGGACUGAUGGGAGGAGUGUCUCUUGUUGCAGGGGUAAUGAUUGGAUCAGGAAUCUUCAUGUCCCCACAGACUGUAAUGGUGAGCAUCGGGAGUCCUGGGGCUAGCUUGGUGAUUUGGGCCUGCUGUGGGCUGUUGGCAAUGCUGGCAUCACUGAGUUAUGCUGAGCUGGGAACAGUGAUCCGUGAAUCUGGAGGUGAAUACAUCUACAUAAUGCGCACUUCAGGCAACCUGAUGGCUUUUAUUUUUGCCUUCACCUCUGUGUUAGUUGUCAGGCCAACUGGUAUGGCUGGACUGGCUCUCAGCUUUGCCCAAAUUGCUAUUGCACCCUUUUAUGAAAACUGUACACCUCCAGAAGUGGUACUGAAGUCUGUAGCUGCUCUUGGCCUCUUAAUCUUGGUCAUAGUGAACUGCCUGAAUGUGCGCAUUUCCAUUGCUGUCUCUACAAUCCUCAUGGCAGUUAAAUUCCUUGCACUGCUGGUUAUGUCCAUUGGUGGUAUGGUGUUGCUUAUUCAAGGUAACACUGAUAAUCUACAGAAUGCAUUUGAAGGGACAAGCCAAAGCGUUGGGGUGAUUGUAAUGGCUUUCUAUCAAUGUCUAUGGUCCUACGAUGGCUGGAACAACCUGAACUCUGUGACGGAAGAGCUUAAGCGUCCUGAGGUAAAUCUCCCCCGGGCAUUAAUGAUUGCCAUCCCAAUGGUAACAAUCCUCUACUUACUGGUCAAUGUCAGUUAUCUGACUGUCAUGACUCCAAGAGAGAUGAUGGUAUCCAGUGCUGUGGCGGUUACUUGGGGAAAUAAGGUCCUGGGCAGUUGGGGCUGGGUGAUGUCUACUGCAGCAGCACUUUCAUCCUUUGGCUCUCUGAAUGGAUCAUUCUUCAGUGGAGGACGAGUUUGCUUUGUAGCAGCUCGAGAGGGUCAUAUGCCUAACAUCCUGGCCAUGGCCCAUGUGCGGCGCCUUACUCCGUCUCCAGCUCUCAUCUUCACCACCAUCAUCUCCCUCAUUGUACUUAUUCCUGGAGAUUUUCAGGGCAUAGUCAACUUUUUCAGCUUUACAGCCUGGUUCUUCUAUGGACUUACGAUAUCUGGGUUACUCUAUCUAAAAAUUAAAUUCCCUGAUCUUCCUCGUACAUACACGGUACCAAUUUUUAUCCCUAUCCUGGUUCUACUAGCAGCCGUGUUCCUGGUUCUAGCCCCCAUCAUUGACAAUCCGCAACUUGAGUACCUGUAUGUCACCCUCUUUAUCCUGAGUGGAGCUUUGAUCUAUAUUCCAUUAAUUCACUUUAAAUUGUGUCCCUAUCUGUUGGACAAACUCACAGUGUUUUUACAGCUGCUCCUAGAGGUGGUACCAGCUGAAAAAAAUGUAUAACGCCCUUUACUGGACAUUGAGGCAGAGCUUUUUGACCACUUAUAUUGGACCGUUUUUUUAGCUUUUUAAAUGCACUGCAGCACAAAGCCUGAUUUUAUAUGAUAGAGCAGGGAUUACACUGGACAUGCCUUAUUAUGAUCUUAUACUUCAGAUGAAAUUGACUCAUAUUCCCUACCUAUCUCAUUGGUUGUUGUUGUUUUUUUAAACAAAUAAAUAUGUGAAGACAUGAACAUGA